GGGCGGAGCCGCAUCACGGUCUGAACCCGCCCCGGGGUCCGCCAAGGUGCGUCUCCAGGCAGACGCGGCCGCCUGGGGCAGAGCGAGCUGGGACGCGCCACCUGCGGUGCUGGCUGCUGCUUUUUAUUUACUAGCAAACACUGUUUCCCCGCGGGAGAGUCCGGGAGCGCGCGGGCACACACACACACACACACACACACACGCUUACUCACUGAACACACGCGCUCGCGCACACACAUAUACAUACACGCUAGAGCUCUUGUCUUCACAACUGCAUCCCCAAACCGACAGUGCGAAGCUACUGCGGUUUCUCUUAACCUCAGCAUCGUGGGGGAGAAGCAGAGCCGUUGUGCAUCAGGGAGCGCCCGGUGCCUGCGCUGCCGACUCGGGUACAUACAUAACCCAGCAGACCGCUCACCCCAUCGGGUUUGGAGGUGGAGCAGCAGAAUUAAGAAUACACGCUGUAGAGUCAAACAACCUAGGUUUUGAUCCCUGACUCUAUCAAUUCCUCUCCAAUCCUGUCACUUUUGAUUUUAUUUGAAAAGAAGCUCACCAGUAAAAGAGGGGAUUCCACCAACGAACAUUUCCUAAGGGACCUUUGCACAGGCUGUUGACUCUGCCCAGGGCACCUCCCAACCACCCUUCUUCCCACCCCUCCCCAGCUGGAAUGCUUACAAACUGCUAAGGCUGAGAUCCUGAGGAACCCAGCUGGAGAAUGCCGUCUGAACGCUGCCUGAGUAUUCAAGAAAUGCUGACAGGCCAGAGGCUCUGCCACUCGGAAUCUCACAAUGAUAGCGUCUUGGCAGCGCUGAAUCAGCAGAGAAGUGACGGCAUCCUCUGUGACGUCACCCUGAUUGCUGAGGAACAGAAAUUCCAUGCUCACAAGGCAGUCCUAGCAGCAUGCAGUGACUAUUUCCGGGCGAUGUUCAGUCUCUGUAUGGUGGAAAGUGGAGCUGACGAGGUCAGUUUACAUGGUGUGACCAGCCUUGGCUUAAAGCAGGCCCUGGAGUUUGCAUACACGGGACAGAUUUUGUUGGAGCCAGGUGUGAUCCAGGAUGUAUUAGCAGCUGGCAGUCACCUACAGCUGUUGGAGCUUCUCAAUUUAUGUUCCCACUAUCUCAUCCAGGAAUUAAAUAGCUUUAAUUACUUGGAUCUGUACAGACUUGCUGACCUCUUUAACCUCACUUUGCUGGAGAAGGCAGUGAUCGAUUUCUUAGUGAAACAUCUCUCUGAGCUCCUGAAGAGUCGCCCAGAAGACGUUCUAACGCUUCCUUAUUGUCUGCUCCAGGAGGUUCUGAAGAGUGACCGCCUGACCUCCCUGAGUGAAGAGCAGAUCUGGCAGCUAGCUGUGAGGUGGUUGGAACACAACUGCCAUUACCAGUACAUGGAUGAGCUCCUGCAGUAUAUCCGCUUUGGCCUGAUGGAUGUGGAUACUCUCCAUACAGUUGCCCUGUCCCACCCCCUCGUCCAGGCAAGUGAAACUGCAACAGCUCUUGUCAAUGAGGCCCUGGAGUACCACCAGAGCAUCUAUGCACAGCCCGUUUGGCAAACUCGCAGGACCAAACCGCGAUUCCAGUCAGACACUCUAUAUAUCAUUGGUGGGAAAAAGCGUGAGGUCUGUAAAGUCAAGGAACUUCGGUACUUCAAUCCUGUUGACCAGGAGAAUGCUCUCAUAGCUGCCAUUGCCAACUGGAGUGAGCUGGCUCCCAUGCCCGUGGGAAGGAGCCACCACUGUGUAGCAGUCAUGGGGGACUUUCUGUUUGUGGCAGGAGGAGAAGUUGAGCAUGCUAGUGGCCGGACAUGUGCUGUGAGGACUGCCUGUCGCUAUGACCCCCGCAGUAAUUCCUGGGCGGAGAUAGCACCCAUGAAAAACUGCCGGGAGCAUUUUGUGCUGGGUGCCAUGGAUGAAUACCUCUAUGCAGUUGGGGGUAGAAAUGAACUGCGCCAGGUUCUGCCUACAGUUGAGCGAUAUUGCCCCAAGAAGAACAAAUGGACUUUUGUGCAGUCCUUUGACCGAUCCCUUUCAUGUCAUGCUGGAUAUGUGGCUGAUGGUCUUCUUUGGAUAUCAGGUGGAGUAACUAACACAGCACAAUAUCAGAACAGACUAAUGGUAUAUGAACCUAACCAGAAUAAAUGGAUAAGCCGCAGCCCUAUGCUGCAGAGAAGGGUCUACCAUUCCAUGGCUGCUGUUCAAAGAAAACUUUAUGUUCUUGGAGGCAAUGACCUGGACUACAAUAAUGACCGGAUCCUUGUGCGGCAUAUAGAUUCUUACAACAUAGACACCGACCAGUGGACGCGUUGUAAUUUCAACCUGUUGACUGGCCAAAAUGAAUCUGGAGUUGCUGUCCAUAAUGAGAGAAUAUAUUUGGUUGGUGGAUAUUCGAUUUGGACGAAUGAGCCUCUGGCUUGUAUCCAGGUGGUGGAUGUAAGUAGAGAAGGCAAAGAAGAAGUAUUUUAUGGGCCUACACUCCCUUUUGCUUCUAAUGGAAUAGCGGCAUGCUUCCUUCCAGCUCCAUAUUUCACAUGCCCUAACCUUCAGACUCUUCAAGUGCCUCAUCACAGGAUUGGGACCAUCUGAAAACCAAUGCUUUGUUAAUAACUAUCAUUAACAGAAGGGAAAGAAAAGCUUCACUUCUGAAUACUGGGCAUGAAAAGACUCCGUGCUCAGUGCUUCCUUGUUUUGUUUUAUAUGUCUUAUUUUCAGAUAAACAUUAGCAAAAAAUGAACAGUUUUCUAAAAUACAUUACUGAAACCUCCUGUCACCCUUCUCUCUGUGUGUCAAUAUGCAAUAUGUCUGACUUUUACUGUGGUGUAGCUCAGUGACAACUUAAUGGUCAAUUACUGUUCCAUGGGUCUUUAGAGCCUUUGUUGUAGACUUUCUCUAAUCAGCACUGUCUAGGAAAACAGGAAAAUGUUAGUAAGGCAAUUUAUUUCACAAGUACUGCCAUCGAUGAUCUUCAAAAAAAAAAAAAAUCUUCCGUAUUUAAUCCCCUUACUACUUAAAACUGGGUUUGUAAUUUUUCUUUUAAAAAUUUAACAUUAUGCAGCCCCACUAGUAUAGACUCAGUAUUAUGACAUUAUAAAAUUUUAAAUGCCAUGUUUUAUUCACAGUAACACGAAUGAUAGAAGUACACUGGAACAGCAGUUGGAACGCCCAGAUUGUUCACCUUGGUUACUGUGACCUUGGGCUAGGUGCUUAACUUUCAGUGCUAGUUUUCCCAUUCUUUAAGGAGGAUAAUUAUUGAUUUCCGUAUCAAUUCAGAAGAAUGUUGUGAGGAUUAGGCAAAUGCUCUGAAGUACUUCAUUUAAGAAAAAAAAAAGUUACUCAAAUUACAAGGUAUUUUACUGUCUUUAGAAUUCUGUAACUGAACGGGGAGAUUAUUUUUGAAAUUACUUAAAAAAUUACUAAAUAGAACUUGGAACACAUGCUGUGGGGGAAAUGAUUCUGAAAAGCAUGUGAAGAGAUGCUAAUUAGGAAAAGGGGAGUCUACCAAAGCCAAAGAUUCCUAAGUCUAUACAAAUUCUUGCUUCACAUCAUAAUUCAAACACUUGUUUAAACUCAUUUAGUGAAAAAUGACAUUUCAAAGCUCAACAAAAAAAAAUUAGCUGUACUAAUUUGGGCACCAUAAAGUGCUCUGACAUAACUGUGAACCUAGACUUAGUAGUUCUAAUAAAAGUUUUUGCACUUUGUUAAAGGUUAUGUCAAUCUUGAGCACUUGUGGGACUUUUCCUCCACCACCAAUACAUAUUUUAUUACUACCACUUUUAAUAAUGCAUAAGAAUUCUUAUUUAGGCUAGGUUUUUGGAUUUGCUUUGUCUAUAACAAUAUAUAUAUAUAUGUGUAUAUGUACACAUAUAUAUAUGUAAUAAAAAUCACAUUGGAACAUAAAUUCAAGAAGUGUAACAUGAGUUUUUCCCUUUUCCUAAUUUUGUUAGGAUCUAAGUCACUUUACUAAAAGGAAGACUUUAUUUGGACUUUUUUCCUUUGGCAUAGUUUAAUUGUUUAGCAAUCCUUACCUUACAGGAAGUUGUCAUUUUAUUCAUGUAACCACUUUUGGUAUUCAGAAAUAAAAACAAACUUUUUAAAAUCCUAAAUACAAAAUUCACUAACUUUUCACACUGUUAUACCUAAAAAUUUUAAUUUUUAAAUAAUAAUCUGGUUAUUCAGAUUAAAGAGCAGAGAAGGAAAGACUAGGCAUAAGGGGAAAAAGUAAAAUAAAAACCUCCCAGAGAUUUAGACAAAAAACCUUCAGAGUAAUUUUACAGUUCUGAAAAGUGAAAAUUGAUACUGAUAUGAUAUUUAGAAGAAUUACAGAGUCUCUUUAGAAGAGUUUAUAAAUCAUGUAAACUAAAUAUUUUAAAUGCUUACCAAGUCAGGAAAAUGACUCUGGCAUUUCAGAUAUCUUUUCAAAAAGAACCUAAGCAAGAAGUGUUUCGGAUUUAUUAAAAUUUCUACUUGAUACAUGAAUUGACCUCCAGCUGUUUUACCUUAUAAAACCAUUACAUCUGUAAUCCCGCAUCCUAUAUCCAAUGAAUGAAAGGAAAAUGGUCUAAAAAUAAGCUUGCCUGACUAAUAAUGAAAAGGUACCCUGAAAUUACUCUUGAUAUUUUCUGUAUAGAUUUCUAACUAUUCAUUUAAAACAAAUCAGUAUAUCAGCAAACACUUUCUUGGGAAACUUUAAUGUAUUAUCCACUAAUAUUACAGAAUCGAACUCAGAAUUAGAAAAUAUUCUUUACAGUAUAGCCAAAGAUAGCCUCUAAAGUACAACAUUCCUAGGAAAAAUAAAACGCAGAAUGCUUAUGAUUAGAUCAUUUUCCUCAAAGAUUCCAGAAAACUGUGCUCAUAAAACCAAAUUCCACUGAAACUAUUCAAAUAUAUAUUUUCUAUUUAAGUGAACUAUAGUAAUUCAUCUUUCAUUUUUACUCUUUAAAAUUAUAGACCAUAUUGUAUUUGUAGUUAAAUUAUUAGGUUAAUUUGAAUUUCCAUAAGAAAAGCAUGAAAAUUCCAACCACUUAAACACCAUUUUCAGAUUUUACUAUCUAAAAGAAAACACAGUACUGCAUAGGUAUUAGCACAGUGUUCCUUUGUGUAGGAAGAAAAGCCAGCAAAGACAUUAAUCUGUAAAACAAUGUAAAGUGCAAUGAAGUUCCUUAGAUUCUUAAUAACAAAAUACCAAUUUGAUUAUGAUUAGGAUGUUUUUCUCGUUAGGUUACGAUUAAGAUAUUUUUCUUCCUUUUUCUUCAUGUUUUCUUCAAAGUUUAACCCCAUGUAUACUGUAUACCUUUCAACUGUUGAAAUGACUAAAAAACUUUGUUUUGCCACAGAAUAUUAAAACAGGAACAACACAGAAAUUAUUCUUCCAAGUAAUAUGGUUCAUUUUUAUUUUGGUUUUCAAAUAAUCUUUCAUAAAAAGGAAGUGUAAUAAUCAUGGAUGAAGUAUAAACUAAAUAUAUACAUUUAAAAAAUUAUAUGCACAAUUAACUUAUCAAUAUACAAUAAGGCCCAGCAUUUUCUGAAAACACAAUUCACAAAUGCAAUAAAUGCUAUAAACUGGAUAACUACUAGCACACCAAAAACUUUAAUAAGCAGAAGUUAUUCAAUUCCAAUCAUGUAGUACUUAUUUUGGUAAUCUUAGCAAUAUAGAUUAUCACUGAAUCAAAGUACAAAUCUUAUAUCUUAUUAAAUAUGUGAAAAAAUAUGCUACUUUGCUAGCUUCCCAAACCAACUGUCUUAAGCAAACAAAACAUGGUAUUUAUAUUGGCAUGCUAUGUACUUGACUGACAAGGCAGUAUUUUUAACCCUAGGAGGAGAAGGCAGGAGAAGAGCUUUUGGAAAAAUGUAAGGUUUACAUAAAAUCUAUAGGAUUGAGGGAAGACAGGUUUCCUAGAGGCUUUUCCCAACUGCAGAAACUUGUCAAAUUUUUAUAGAACAGAUAAUUUUAACAAAGGGAUGUAAAAAUAAAAGCUGUCAAAGAUUCUGUUAAAGUACACGUAAUUCUUUAAGAACAAAAUAGUUUUAAAAAUUUGUGAUGAAGCAUGAAAGAAAAUAAUAAUGGGUAAAGAACACACACACAGGCUACAGGUAAGUUUUGUUUUUGUUUUUGUUUUUAAUAUAGAUGCCCAGGUAGAAAAAGUCAAAUAGGCUUAAGAAAAAAUAUGCUAGGAAUAGGUAAAGAUAUAAAAGUUUUAAACUAUGAAACUCUUCUAAUGCAAAUGAAGUCAAUACUAAAAGAUUUCUGUACAGAGAUCAUACUCCAUGUUUUUUACUCCCCCAUGAAAACCUAAUUAAAUGUUCAAUUAAAAUUUAAAUCAUAACCAAAUCUGAAUGUCUAAUAAAGUCCUUUCUACCA